AUUUAAAUAUUAUCUUGAUUAAUUCAAGAUGAUUUCGGAAUCUCCAUACAGCGCCAUAUGGUCAUUUCUCUCUGAUUGAAUUCGUUCUUACCGAGGCUUGCUUAUUUAUCUAUUCAGCGCUGAGUAAACUCUGCAUUGAAUACUGUUGGCUUUGAAUACAGUGCGAAUUGAAAAAAAAUUUUUCAUUUACAGCCACAUGCUGUUGAGUAAAGUUGGUACGGAGUUGAGUAAUUUGGAGUACAGUUGUUUUCACCGUGAUAUUAAAAAUUUCGAGUUACGGAUGCUCCUUGAGUAAAGCUGGCAUAGAGUUGAGUAAUUUGGAGUACAGUUGUCAACCUGCCACAGAGAGCGUUGACUGUAGACGGCAGAUGUUGUCGAACGACUUGAGGAUUCGUUCUUUCCCGGAAUUCUUUUGUACUCGACAUAAACCUUCAUAUAUUUAACAUAUACCCUCAACAUACUAUAUAUACCUGGAACUGCAUAUAACUUGGUCAUAGUAUAGUGUUAAAUUUGAUUGUCAUUUAUUUUUAUUAUUCCCUUCAGUUUAGUUUGAAUCUUUCAGCAAAGUAAACACGUGCUCUGUGAAUAGUUUUAAAAUAAUAAAUUAAGGAUUGUUUUUUAAAAUAAUUGCUUAAAAAUGGAUAGAAAAGGUUCGCGAGGAAGCCAAAGUCGUGCAGAUAGGAGAAAAAAGAGGCGAUUUUCGUCAAAUCAAUUUACCGUUGAAAGAGAAACUAGUCAUACAAGUGCUUCUGCGGCAAAGUUUAAAAAUUCUGGCGAUGAGGAAGUAAUUAUUAAUAAAAAUUUCGGGUACUGUAUUCUAGAAUUUUACUCAGUUUUUCAAACUCUGUCAACCUUAAUUGUAUGUGCUACCUGCAAAGAAGAAAUAAAAUUUUCCCAAACGGCACCUCGUGGGUUGGGAUUCAAAAUUGCACUGCAGUGCAAUUGUGAAAGUAUUACUUAUAUCCAAUCAUGUCCGACGGUGAACAAAGCUUAUGAAAUUAACCGCCGGAUUGUAACAGCUAUGAAACUUUUAGGGGUAGGAAGAGAAGGGAUUAAUAUUUUUUGUAGUGUUAUGGAUAUAUGCCAGGGUUUGUGUGUCAAUACUUACAACAGUUGUCUUGAUAAUUUACAUUCUGCUGCAAGUGCAGUUUACCAUCAGCUGAUUUCAAAAGCUGUGAAAGAAGAGGAAGAAUUGUUAGCAGAAUCUGAGCCAGGUGAAAAUAAAAAACACUUGACGGUUUCUGGAGUUAGUACCUGGAAACAGCGAGGGUUUGCUUCACUUUUUGGCGUUACAACCCUUAUUGGUAAAUAUAGUAAGAAAGUUGUUGAUACUGUUGUAAAAUCUAGCUUUUGCCAAGACUGUAAUUUGUGGAAGGGUAAAAAUAAAUCUGAUGUUAAUUAUCAAGAUUGGUUUAAAGAACAUGCAAAUUCUUGUGCGAUAAAUUGUAAAGAAAGUUCUGGGAAAAUGGAGCGAGAUGCGGUGCUAGAAAUGUUUAAUAGAUCGGUAGAAAAGUAUGAAGUAAAAUACAGUAAAUUUAUUGGAAAUGGAGAAGAUGUUCUUGAUAUGAAUCCGUAUGAUGAUAAUCCAGUUGUUGAAAAACAAUGUCUGGGUUCGGAAACUCAAAAUAAUAAUAAUGAAUCACUCUUUUCACUGAUAUGGACUUUUGCUCCAAAGCAUAUUCUUCCUGGAACUCACACAAUUCAAAUUGCCAAUUAUUUAGCUGUUGCUAUUUUUAAUGAAGGGUUUUUACCGAUCUUGAAAAUUAUGGAGCUUAUGGGUAUUACUGUUGGGACUGAAGCUCAUACAUUUGCGGUGAGAAGGAAUGAACUUCGGGUUGAUAGCUCUGAAUUAAAAGCUGCUUCUGCUGGGUCAAAAAAAAUUCCAGAGAUUGGGUAUGAAGUUGAAGAAGGGCCAAUGUAUGGAUCUGGGAGCGCUGAUUAAUUUGAAAUCACUACUAGGGCUGGAAUCAUGUCAACCAGAGUGCAACAUUUUUUUUUUGCCCUCCGGGCGGAAAGUGGCAACUUU